AUGUCCACCCAACCCAAUCCUCACGAUUACAACGCCAUCAAGAAUGUGAUAUCGCUCUACUGCAUUGCCCUAGACAACAAAGACUGGCCUCUACUCGAACGAGUCUUUGCAAAAGAUGUUGUUGCAAAAUAUCCUUUCAACGAUGAACCAAUUCUAGGUGUCGAUGCUUUGAGCAAGAGGAUACAGCAACGACUGAAGCCGGUAACAACCCAGCACGCAUUGACUACCCAACAUCUACUCCUCGACGGAGCUACAGCAAAGGCAACAACUUACUUUACUGGUGUGCAUUUGGGCAGAGGUAAAUGGGAAGGCCAGCAAGUAACUGCAUACGGAAAGUAUGUUGACGAACUGAUCUGCGUUUCUGCUAGUGAAGCGGGAGACACGGAGAUAGAGGCAGGUGCGAGUGGUGUUUGGAAGAUCAAGAGCAGGACUGUCACGUUCUUUGGCAGGGUAGGCGAGGAAGGUGUGAUGGAGGGGGAGGAGUAG